GUAGCGAGCCUGCAGCGCAAACUGCAAAGAAGUUUGGCUUAAGAACUUCCCUCGCUUACUUUGGGCUUGCGACCGAAUAGUUGCGACACAGACUUUUACUUUGUGCAUUUUUAACUUUGAAUCGCGGACCUGUUGGAUCAAACUCCCUUGCAACUUCUGCCUGUGAUCAAAUCAUCUUUCAAAAGGAACAUUGCAGAGCUUUUAAGAAGUGAAGGAGUCUGCUUACAGCGGCGCGGUGGAAGGAUGAUCUGACCCUGCGUAAAGCCCCGGAGGAUAUCUCUCUUCCCUCAACCCAGGACAACACGUGAAACGGGCAACAGGAGCAGCGGCGUCCAGGAGGCUUCAGUCAACAUGACCAUGUCCGGUGGUUUUGUCGGAUACUUGUCAGCUCAUUUUACGUGACCGCAUGGUGCCGGGGCUGCGGAAAUAAAGGACCGCUCUCCAUGCAUGCUGGAGAAAUAAACAGAGUUGUUGCAAACACGUUGUUGGAGCUGUCUUGGGCAAGUUUGCAGAGAGCUGUACAAUGCAGGGCACUUUGGGCGCAUUCAUCCAGUCCUGUCUCAUCCUGCUGGUACGUGCAGACCAGUGGAGGUUGAAGGAUUCCUCCAGCUGCGAGCUAAAUAGGAAGCAAGCCGACCUGAAUUCCUUUCUGUGGACUAUCAAACGGGAUCCCCCUUCCUAUUUUUAUGGUACAAUCCAUGUUCCCUACACCCGUGUUUGGGACUUCAUCCCUGAAAAUUCCAAGCAAGCCUUCCAGGAAAGCAACAUUAUUUACUUUGAGCUGGACCUGACUGACCCGUACACCAUCUCAGCCCUGACCAGCUGUCAGCUGCUCCCCCAUGGGGAAAACCUGCAGGAUGUCCUACCAAGAGACAUCUACAAGAGACUUAAAAGACACCUUGAGUACGUAAAACUGAUGAUGCCCUCUUGGAUGACCCCUGAUCAAAGAGGGAAGGGACUCUACGCUGACUACCUCUUUAAUGCCAUAGCUGGGAAUUGGGAACGGAAGCGUCCUGUGUGGGUGAUGCUGAUGGUGAACUCGUUAACUGAGGCCGACAUCAAGACGCGAGGGGUGCCUGUCCUGGAUCUGUACUUGGCCCAGGAGGCAGAGAGGAUGAGGAAAAGAACAGGCGCAGUGGAGAAGGUGGAGGAGCAAUGCCAUCCGCUCAACGGUCUCAAUUUCUCUCAGGUGAUCUUUGCCCUGAACCAGACAUUAUUGCAGCAGGAGUCACUGAGAGCAGGAAGCCUUCGGGUCCCGUACACAACCGAUGACCUAAUCAGACACUACAACUGUGGGGAUCUCAAUUCCAUCAUCUUCAAUCAUGACGCAUCACAGGUGCCUAACUUCAACAAUGUGACCCUGCGACCAAGCGAGCAGGUGACUGCACAAGAAAUCGAUGCCUACUUUCGACAGGAGCUCAUUUACAAGAGGAAUGAGAGGAUGGGCAAGAGGGUGAAAGCCCUGCUGGAGGAACACCCAGACAAGAGCUUCUUCUUUGCCUUUGGUGCAGGUCACUUUCUUGGCAACAACACAGUUAUCGAUGUGCUUCGCCGCCAGGGAUAUGAGGUGGAACACACGCCUGCUGGACAGCCCAUAAAGAGGAGAUCAUCAUCAAAACCUGCUUCCCCAGCACUGGAGGAUCACCAGGAUGACUUUACUCUUCUGGAACCCUUCCUCCAUGAGCUCCCACACAAGGACGAGGAUCAGGGAGUUCUUCUGGAAGAGGACCCACUACCCCACAUGCUCCUUCCUGCAGACAGCCUGGAUCUUCUAGAGAAAGCAGAAAAAAAGAUGUUGAAGAAAAAGAGGCGGAACAAGCAAAAGAAACAACAAAAUCGACAUUUCAAUGACCUCUGGGUACGCAUAGAAGAGAGUUCCAUGGUUCAGUCUCCGCCUCCUCCUUUGGUUCGUAUCAUCAAUGGCUACAUCACAGUGGAGCCACCAAACAAAGUCUACAGCCAGCACAAUUCCCAUCACUUACAGUCUUCAUCACCCAUCACCUCCUUUCCCUACGCUUUACUUAUUUUGCUCUUCACACUUAUAGCUUUGGUAUUUCAGAAAGGGUCUGCAGUCCUCUAGCAGGACAUCAAUUAUUGUACUAAUAAAAGCAUUAAAGAGUUUAAAUUCAGUUCAGCAUGAGGACUUAUUAGGACCUGAGGCCCACCAGAAAAUAUUUUUCAUGAAACUGUCAGGCUUGAGAAACCUGAGUUGGAACUGAUGUCAAUGGACUAAUGAGCUGGUAAAAAUAAAUAAAUAAAUAAAUAAAUAAUAAAACAUUUUACAUGUUUUCUUGGAGCAAUACAGGUUUGUUUUUUUGUUACUUUGUGAUGAUAACACUUUGCACAAAGAAUGCAAAAGAAAAUGCAAGUGAAAGAAAUAAAAUCCAGAAUAUUUUCUCAUGUCUCAUUUGCCUUUUUGCCAGAUGUUAGCUACCCAUUAGUGCUUGCAACAUGCAUAUUAUUCAGAACAUUCUUGAACUUUAAAAAUUCUUCAUAGACACAACUUGACCCAUUUGUAUUCAGUGUGCUUGUCUGAGUUAGCAUGUUUAUGCUGCGUUUGCUUGCGAGUGAGUUUGUCGGAUCUUGAGGAAAACAAAUACAUGCAGAGGAUGGAAAUGUCCUCUGCAUGUAUUUGCAACCAGCCUUGUGUUUGCAACCAGAAGUGUUCUUCACAACUUAAUUUAUUCUUUCAUUUACAAUCUCUUUGAUGUUGUCAGAUGUAUUGGUUGGGGAAAUUGUACAUAGUGUUUUUUUUUAUGCUACAGUUAUUUUUUAGGGCUAUAAAAAUGAUGAGGAACAUUGUUUUAAUAUGAAUUGAUAAAUAAAUGAGCACCGCAUUUCUUAAAGGACAUCAGGAACUAACCACCACAGCCCAUGUCAUGUUUCACACUGAAAUUAAAGUUGUGAUAUGGACAGAUGAUUGUAUUGAAUCUAAUCUAUCAGUGUUAUUUCUUGCUUUGAUGUGUUUGUUGAAAGAACUCAUUUUUGUUUAUUAUUAGGCUUAAAUUAUUUAACUACAUUAGCUUUCCUAUAAAGCAUACAGAACAUUGUCAGACAUUUUAUAAAUAUUUUUGUUAUUACAGUAUCCAAGUGUGUUUCAAGAUAAUGAUAGUGAUAAUAUCACAGUUAUAAUAAAUCCUGUCCACACAUGUAGAACAUGUUCAGUGUAAUAUUUUAGGACAGUUACAUGUCAUCUAUGGAAUAAGAUAAUUGUAAUAGUAGCAACAAUAAAAUAUUUAUUUAGACAGACUCUUUUGUUUAUUGCCAUUUUUGGACUGUAAUUAAAAUUAAAGAAAGUACUGUUAUUAUGUUUCA